AUGAAUAACGAACUAAAUAUUUUGGAAAAAGUCAGUACCGAUGACACUAUUACCAAAGAACAAUAUCAUACAUAUCAACCAAGAACUAAUAAUUUUAAGAAGAACGAUGAAAUACGUAUUUUAAUUCAACAACAAGAUCAAUAUACAAAGCCAUGUGAAAGUUACAUAUUGAUAGAAGGAGAAGUAAUUUUACCAAAGGCAGAACAGGGACAACCUAAACCAGAAGUAAAUUUAACACGUAAUGCAUUUAGUUACCUUUUUCAAGAAGCUAGAUACGAAAUAAACGGUGUAGAAAUUGACAGAAAUCAAGACGUCGGAACUACUACAACGAUUAAAAACUUUCUCUCUUGCAAAUCUAAUAAUCAUAACAAUAUUCUAUUUGGUUGGCAAGAAUCCGGGAAUUUAAGUUUAUUUAACAAAGAAAAGUUGAGAUUUUAUGCACAGUUACCGUUAAAUAGAUUGUUUGGUUUUGCUGAAGACUACCGCAAAAUUAUAAUUAAUGCUAGACAAGAGCUAAUACUAUUGAGGUCAAGCACCGAUAAGAAUUGUUACGUCGGUUCGGAUAACGUUCAGCUGAACCUAACCAAGGUUGAGUGGCAUAUGCCGCAUAUUGAGCUCAAUGAUUCAUCGCGCGUUCAUUUCCUUAGCGUACUUAAAGCGGAUAAGCCUCUACUGAUGCCGUUUCGCAAAUGGGAACUGCACGAGUUGCCAGCUUUAAAAAAUACUGAUAAGGAUAUUUGGUCGGUAAAAACAUCUACAUCUCUCGAAAGACCGCGUUACGUCAUUGUCUGCUUCCAAACCAAUAAGAAAAAUAAUCAUGCAGAGGACGUUACAAAAUUUGACCAUUGCGAUAUUAGAAAUAUUAGGGUUUUCUUAAAUUCUACUUCUUACCCUUAUGAUAAUAUGCAAUUAGAUUUUGAUAAUAAUAAUUACGUUAUGGCUUAUAAUCAGUUUAUAAAUUUUCUACCAAGUUAUUAUAACAUUGAAUAUAAAUCUGCUGCACCCGAAUUAACUUAUGAUACCUUUAAAGAUCAUGCGCUUUACGUAUUUGAUGUAACUAAACAAAACGAAAGCGUAAAAUCUUCAACGAUUGACUUGCAAAUUGAAAUGGAAUCAAAGAAUGCAUUUCCUUCCAACACAAAAGCGUAUUGCCUCAUUUUGUUUGAUGCCGUUGUCGAGUAUACACCUUUAACGGGAAUAGUGCGCAAACUAAUAUAA